UACUUACCUGCAAGUAGAGAGAUAGUUGUCUGUGCCGCCGCAGUCGCCGCGCGACCGCCGGUCACGAGUGUUUUUUUUUUAAUAAAUACACAUCAACAAUUACCGUUUAACACGAGUUUUUACCCGGUUGUUUUCAAAAAUAUAAUAUUUGCAUCGUCCGUCGAUAUUAUUGAAUAAAUUGGAAGAAAACAAUUUUUAAUUCCCACGGUAGUUUGUGCUGUAAAUAUUAUUAUGCGUUGACCGAGCGGUACUCAAGUGGUGUGCAUACAUAUACUGAUAAUAUUAUAAUAAUUGUAAAUUGUGCGAUUUCGGAUGCACGUGUCCAUGGCAUCGUCGGAAGUGCAACAACUAUUGCCGGAGGACGAUUGUUGGCAAGUGUGGGCGCCGCAGCAAGACCAACAGCUGUGGCUGGGACAUCACCAGGGGUACCACGGGAUGACCGCGGGCACGGGAUACCAAAUGCACCACGCCGUCGCGGCUGACCCAAGUCCUUCGGCCGCCGCCGGUUACGGAGACGAAUACCUUCUCGAUCUGGACACGUUAAUCCAAGACCUGGUGUACGACGGCCAGACGACUACCGGCGGUCAUCCGGUGGAAUCGGCCGCGGCACCACAGCCACCGCUUUCGGCGACCGAACCGCUGUACGCCGCCGCGGACUACGGAUCGUGUAGGCUGGCCGGCGACGGGUACGGAUGCGACUCAUCGUACAACGGAUCCAUUUAUAUAUAUCCGGCCGGCGCGGCGGAGUCCGACGGCGCCCGCAACGUGGUGCACCAACAACGACAGAUGACCGCGGCCGGUACCGCGGUGAGCACCGCGACACCGCUGUCUCCGUCGACCGAAGCCAAAAGCCGGGCGCCACCGACCACGGUGCACGGCCGCGCCAAAAGACCGCAGGCCGCCAAGAGGACCGCCGCCGGUGGACAAGGCAAGAAAUCGACCGGCAAGACGAGCACCAUACACAGGUGCGAACAUCCCGGCUGCGGCAAACAGUAUACGAAAAGCUCCCAUCUGAAAGCCCAUCACCGCACGCACACCGGCGAAAAGCCGUACCGGUGUCCGUGGGGCACAAACGGUUCCGUGGCCGGGUUGCCGUCGUGCAACGGAAACGUCGCCGGAGUGCUGGCCGAUGUGGUGCCGGCGGGUUCCGACCAGAGCGCGGGCCGAUGUCCUUGGCGGUUCGCGCGGUCCGACGAACUCACCCGUCACUACAGGAAACACACCGGCGAUAGACCUUUCAAGUGCACACAGUGUUCCAGGGCCUUUUCCCGAUCCGACCACUUGGCGUUGCACGUGAAGAGGCACCUGACCUCUCCUUGAACCGCCUGCCCGCCCCUUGUGACUACUUGACAGUAAAUCUGUGUUUUUGGCAUAUAAAUUACUAUAUACCUACGCGUUUAGUAUAGAGACGUGCACUAUUAUUUCUUAUAUUAGUUAUCGAAAAUCAACUAAUUUUUUUUUACACCCGGCACGUUGUCUCUCCCGCCGUUUCUCCACUGCUCAUGGCACGAUACCUUUUCGAUUCCAAUUCGAUAGGUUUUAACUUAACCGUUGACGAGUGUUCUUAUAGCAAAAUUACAUUUGUAUUAGGAGUCGUAACGACUAACGGUUGGAUACGAAAACUGUAUACCUAACCCCUCUACAUUUAAAUAAAAAAUAGCUGUAACUUGUUUCCUCCAAGUUCAGCGUUGUUAAAACAAUGUCAAAAUUUCAGUGGCGGAUCAAUAGCAACAGGCAAAAGUGAUACUGGUCUAUCAAAGGUAAACAAAAAAAACUAAUACAAACAUUCCUUUAUUUAUUCUUAUGAAAUCCUGUUCAACCUUACUCUCUAAUCAAAAUGAUGGUUAAUCAUAUUAUAACUGUAAGCUUCUUAAUCCCAAUUCCACUUCAAAUUACAAACCGGGUGGGAUUCAAAAUUUAAUAAAAUGCGUCUGUGAACUUUAAAUUUCAUUAUAUUAUACUUAGGUCACCAAUUUUUACAUCAUUAAUGUACAUCGUCACUCAAAUAAAUAAUAAAUUACAUUAAUCGUUAAUCACGAGAGAAAUUAGAACUUUUUAGUCUUUUAUAACAACUCAUUAAAUUUAUUUCAUCUGAAAUACACAUAAGGUAGUUCAUCAUUAAAAAUUAUGAGAAAUUAUCAAGAUAAAAAUAAAAUAUUUAUUCAUGAGUAAUUUAAUUAACGAACAAAAUUAAUUUUUACACGCUUUUUAUUAAUUGUACGACAACCAAUAUUCGAUAGUAACUUAUUAGAAUACAUUUUUUCUAAAAAAAAAAAAAAAAAUUUCUUGUUGACUAUCAACAAAGGUAUGCUUUGUACCAAGUUGGUAGUAGCAUUGAUUUGUAUUUAAUCAAUGGUAGUAGUAAACCUGUAGGUUAUGCUCAUUGAAAACAAAACAAGUUGAAGAAUUAUAUAAACCCCAUUGAAGUUGAGUUAUUGUUGUAGAUACUACAUUAAUACAUCAUAUAUAGAUAAACGGUUUAAUCAACCGUAAUAUAGUUAUUUAGACAGUGCCUAUUGUGUUUCCUAGUUCAUGCGUUUUCCUUGAUUCGCCGCUGUUAUGAACCUUACAACUUACUCUAAAAUCACAAAUUCCACAUUGAUUAUACAGUUUUGCUACUUCUUUUUAGUAUGUAUAUAAAUAGAUUAUGACAUUUGUAAAUACGUGUUAUUGUAAAUAAAUAAUUUGACUACCGCUGAGAAAAGCUUCGCCUAUUGCGUAGUGUUUUUUUUAGUAAAAAUGGAUAUUGCACCAAGACUAUAAUAUUAUGGCCAUAUGAUUAAUUAUAUACAUUUAACUAUAAUAAACAUUACCUACAUUGAUGUUAUUGGACGUCGGACGAACGCUAAAUCGUUAAUAUUACUAUUAGCGUUAAUGUCAAUCAAAUCAAUCCUAUUACGAUAAUAAUUUUAAAAAAAUUAAGUUUACUUGACUUAAGGUUCAUUCGGGUUGUAUUAACGAAACAAAAACUACGACGGGAGAGACAUAUAAUAUUAAAACAAUGUAAUAAAAAUAAUAUUUAAAAAAAUACCUAUUAAUUGUAUCUGUAUAUUUUGUAUUGUGCCUUAUAAUAGUGAUAUAAAUCAAAAAUUUCAAACGAGCUU